AAAACAAAGUAAAAACUAAAAAAACUAUGGUGUUAAUCCACUAUUACAACAACCUUUUCUAGAAAUAGUAACCACAAGGGUCAUAAAUAUUUCCAUGGAGUUUGGGAAUCACUUCAAUCCUGUUUCACUUUGAGUUCCAUCACCCUCAAAACCCUUCUUCCAAGUACACACUGGUAAAGUCAUUCACUGUUUCUCUUUCAUUAUAAUUUAGGUAACUUUUUAUACUUUUCUUUUUCCAAAAUGGCUUUCACAUUCAUUAUCUUGAUUGUGUUUUUGCCUCCAUUCACUUCUCUGCUUCAUCUGACACACUCUUCCCUUUGAGAACAUAUCACUAAACUUUUCUUCAUUCUUAUCACGUGGGAUUCUGACAUUUUUUUAUUUAUUUUCAACUUCUCUCUCUCAAUCAUCAAUCUUUUUUGGCUCAAGUUUCUUGCUUUUUCUUGUGUGACACUUGUGUACUUUGUACACUGUAUACUUCUUUUUUUGAAGGUUUUUUUCUUUAUCUCUUAUGAGGUUUAUGCAAAGUUGAGAUUUUGUAACUGUUUUGAGGUACUAUUCUUGCAACAAUUGAAGUGGGGUCUUUUAUCUUGUGAUGGAGUCUUGGAGUUUUGAUUCACGUGAUAAAGGGUAUGUUUCAAAUGACACACUUGGUAGUAGAACCAAAGGUUCAAUCUUAGGUUGGGAUUUGAAAACCCCAUCUAGUUUUUUACCUCAACAAAACAUAGAAAAUGACAACAAUAAUCAUGGUUUUGAGGAAUUGGGUUUUCAUGGUAUGUUGGGAAAACAAUUGUCUAAUGUUGUUGAUGAUGAUGAUGAUGUUGUUGUUGGUAGCAAAAUUGUCACUAGUAAUUCUUUUGUUAUGGCUACACCAAAUGCAUUUUCAGAAAGAGAACAACAACACUUCAAUUCCAAGCAUUCAAAUUCAAUAGGUGACACUAAUGGUUCUAAUUCACUCAUUGAUUUGAAGCUUGGUAGAUUUGGUGAUCAUAGAGAUGGAAUUGGUACACCAUUUUCAAAGGGGACCACGAUUUUGUCGUCUUCUGGGUCGUCGACACCAUCGAAGAGGGUGAGGUCUUCGGCAAUCCAUUCUCAGAUUGCUUACUGUCAAGUAUAUGGAUGUAAUAAGGAUUUGAGUAGUUGUAAAGAUUAUCACAAGAGGCAUAAAGUUUGUGAAGUUCAUUCAAAGACUUCUAAAGUAAUAGUGAAUGGAAUUGAACAAAGGUUUUGUCAACAAUGUAGUAGGUUUCAUUUGCUGGCUGAAUUUGAUGAUGGUAAGCGUAGCUGUCGUAAACGUCUUGCAGGCCAUAAUGAACGUCGUAGAAAGCCACAAGUUGGUAUUCAUUCUGGAAGAGCUGGGAGGUUGCUUCAGUCAUAUGGGGAUAGCAGAUUCCAAGGAACCAUGCUAACAUCGGCAUCUUUUAUAUGCCAAGACAUACUCCCCGGUGAGGUCUUUUCUUCUGAGAAAUGUGGAAAUAGUAACUGGUGGAGACCUAUAAAAGCCGAAGGUGGAACCGGUUUUAGGCCUCUUUCUUCUAUUCCAAUUACAAAUGCACAUCCUCAGUCAAGAACUCUGUUUCCUUCAUACAACAAUAAACAAUUUCCUUUUCUUCAAGAAAACGGUGCUACAUCUGCUACAGGAAGCAUCUUCUGUGAAAACAAUAGUCAAUAUCCUCCAAUCCAAGGAGGCUCGAAUUCCGGAUCACAAUCAUUAUUCCAAGAUACCUCCUUAGGAAGCGAAGACUUCAAUGUUUUUGAAACAGAAUCAGCUGUUCAAGGAUUAUCGGGAGUAUCGGACGGUGGUUGUGCUCUCUCUCUUCUGUCAUCCCAAUCCCAAAACUCUUCAAGCCAAUCGACAGGAAUUCCCAUGCCUGGUCAUUUAGUUAUUCCGAGCAGCCAUAGCCAUUAUAGCAUGAGUCAUGUUUCUGAAAGUGGCGUCUCGGAUAGGUUUCCGUCUGAGUUAAAUCAUACGGAUGGAAGUCAUCUUAGUCCUAUACUGAUAUCAAACAAUAAUGAAAUCGCCCAUUUUGAACUGGUAGAUGGAGUUUUCCAAGGGUCAGAUUUUGUCAACGUGAAAGACCGUCUUUCCUGUGAAGAUGGCACGACCAUUGACUUGCUUCAACUGUCGUCACAACUUCAGCGUGUUGAGCAUCAGAGGCGAGCCUUGCAGGUGAAGCGAGAAAAUGAUUCUUCCUGCUCUCUACAGAUUACGUAAAAUGCUGUCGACAGAAAAGAACUUCUGCAUCUGCAGCUUGUUGUGACCGGAAAUAUUCGUAUCAGGAUAAGAACAUAGUGUCUGGAAAGAACUUAAUAUCUGGCAACUCAUAAGAUGCUAACUAGUUUAAGUAGUUUUACUUGCACUGAAUCGGCUCGUGAAGCUGACCAAUGGCGGCUGGGACACAAUAGUCCCUCUCCAUCUACAUAUAUCCAACUAGAAUGUAAUAAUAAAUAAAAGCCUGAUAUGUAUCAAUAUGUGGCAUUCAGGUUUUUCUCAUAAACACUUCAAUAAGGACAAUAGUUAGUGACAAGUGAUGUCCAAUUUAGUGAAGGUAAUCUAAUAAUGUUCAAAUUUUGA